GAUUCGUUUAUCCCCUUUGCUAAUGUUUCAACUUUGAAUCCAAAGAUCGAUUAUUAUGUUAAUUUUUUUUUGAUCUGGAUGUUAACUAGUAUGCGAUAGUGUAUGUCAAUGUUGAUGUAUUGUAUAUGAAAUUUGAAUUCGCUUUUUUUUUUUAGGGGUAUGCACUGCAGAAUUUUACCAGUUAGUUAAUGUGGUAUCUCUGAAAGAACUUUGUAACUUUUGCCUCUGUGUAGUAGUAUUGAUCUGAGUCCAAGUUCUGAGGUUGUCCUGCUUUGCAUAUGAUGAUUCUGUUAAUUAUGUUCUCUAAGUAUCUCUGAGGCAUUUGUUGGCUGUAUUGUCUUUGCUCUGAUUUAGGUUUUGAGCUAUGUAUUAGCAUAACUGCGAUAUGAUGAUGUUUUGGCAUGACUUUAACUUUGAAAUUAACUAUCUUUCAGGUCCGGUGUUAAUUUUUUUUUUUCGUUCUGGGAUUGAGAUCACUCUAAGCUUUUCUGCUGGGUGUAUCUUGAUAUAGCUGGCACCAGUUUCUGCUUUAUCUUUUCCGUGGUUAUUAAUUUUGAUAUGAAUGUGGUUUAGUGUUGUAAAGGAUCGAAUAAGAAUGAGUUCAACUGUUUCAAAUCCCCAAGGGGUUCUGCAACCGGGUGGUUAUGGUGGUCAUGACUCCAGAAGUAACAGCACUUCUGGCUCUUUUGUGGGUCCGGAAUCAGAAUCUAAUGAAAACGAAGAAGCGGAGUUGGUUUCUGUGUCUUGGAACCAGGAUUCAAGUUGUUUUGCUGCUGGAACAAGUCAUGGUUUUCGUAUUUAUAACUGUGAGCCUUUCAAGGAAACUUUCAGGCGUGAGCUGAAGAAUGGCGGGUUUAAAAUUGUGGAGAUGCUUUUCCGAAGCAAUAUAUUGGCGCUUGUUGGUGGUGGACCUAACUCUCAGUACCCUUCAAACAAAGUACUGAUUUGGGAUGAUCAUCAGAGCCGCUGCAUCAGUGAAUUUGCUUUUCGGUCUGAGAUUCGUUCGGUGAAACUUAGAAGGGAUCGGAUCGUUGUUGUUCUUGAACAUAAGAUAUAUGUUUACAAUUUUAUGGACCUAAGACUUCUUCAUCAGAUUGAAACUCAAGCAAAUCCAAGAGGUUUAUGUUGCCUUUCUCAUCAUUCAAAUACAUCUGUGCUGGCUUGCCCUGGUCUUCAUCGAGGAGAGAUUCGAGUUGAACAUUUUGGGCUUAACAUGGUACAAAUCAUAAAUGCUCAUGAUUCCAGUAUUGCGUGCAUGACCUUGACAUUGGAUGGUUUGUUGCUCGCUACUGCCAGUACAAAGGGCACGCUGAUUAGAAUCUUCAAUACCAUGGACGGAACUCGUUUGCAAGAGGUAAGAAGAGGAGUGGACAGGGCAGAUAUCUAUAGCAUUGCACUUUCACCAAACGUGCAGUGGCUGGCAGUAUCAAGCGUCAAGGGGACUGUUCACAUUUUCUCUCUUAGAGUUAGGGUAGUUGGGGAGGAUUCUCAUUCCACUGAAAAUGCUGCUCUCCUGACACAACAUACGUAUUCUAAUUCUCUGCAAGGCCUUGUUUCUCCAACCACUGGUACCAAUCCUGGUUCGUCAUUAUCUUUUAUGAGAGGUGUUCUGCCAAAGUAUUUCAGCUCGGAAUGGUCAUAUGCACAGUUCCAUGUAUCAGAAGUCACACAGUUCUUUGCAGCGUUUGGCAGUCACAACACGGUUGCUAUUAUCGGGAUGGAUGGAAGUUUCUACAGAUGCAGCUUUGAUCCGGUGAACGGGGGAGAGAUGGGACAGCUAGAGUAUUUCCACUUUCUAAAGACGGAUAACCGCACCCAAUAAGUCAGAUUCAUGCUCCAAUCACUCCUCUAAGCCUCUGUACAUAAACCAUGUCUAUGUAAAUAGAUUUGGUGAGAUUGCAUAAGAUUUUAUUCUUGCAAAUUUCGAGAAGGACCUGCAUAUUGAUUGGGACUAUGUACAUAGAAAGAUUUUAUUCGCAACAGUUUGAUUCUAAACACUGUUAUGUAAAGUUUCUGAUAACACCAUAUAAAGAGUAAUAACAAUUGAAGAAAACAGCUUCAUCGAA